CCACUUUAUAGAGCUUUCUAUCAUGCCCGAGCUGAACGAUAGGCUGGUACCGGUUCAUGCUCGUCAGGCGUUAAGCGAGUCGGGGAUAGACUUGAAUAAUUUCACGCCAAUGUCGAAGGACGACAUGAUGGCGAAGCUAGACUGAGCCGCCGUGGUUCUCCUGGUUUUAUCGGUCUCCUUUGGAAGUUUUUCCGUUCAUUGAAAUGCUUUUUUUGUUUCCCUUUACUUCUCGUGGCAAAUUCCGUUUGUUUGUUUUUCUCGCUACACCGGGCUUUGGCGACAAAGAAUGGCUGACGGCUUACGGCACAUUUGAAACUGGGUGGCAUCUGUUUUCUUCGAGUUGCAUUGGGCAGAUGAAUGGAGGGGAUGGGAAGAGGAAAGGACUUUUUAAAUGCGAGAGAAAGGGUUUCGUUUGGCUGUAGGCUUUGAUUGCUUCGUUUUGUGUGUAGUCCUCGUCGUUACGAAUUGCAAUCGCGUCUUAGGGGCACAAACACGCCGCUUCUUUUUUUCUUUUCUUCUUCUUUUAUUCUUUUUGUUUUUGUAUACGGUGUUUCCUUCGUUUUCUUUUCCACUUACUUUCGUUUUUCUUUUCUCCUUCCUGUCUGUUGCCUUUGAACCAAACCGGGUGGGAAUCGGUGGUGGUGUUUGGGUUACGAACGGAUUCAGAAGGUUUAAACGGGCUUAUGCUGUAUGUGUGUCGUCGUCGUCAGUGAGUUUUUUUUUUCCGAAAGUAUGUGCAACGCCUUUUUUUCUUCUUGUUCUUCUUGUUCUUCUCUUCUUCUUCUUGUCUCUUUCUCCUUUCUCCUUUCUUUUCUCUUCUCCUUUCUCCUUUCUCUUGUGGCUCAGGGGUGGGGGUGUUUUGUUGGUUAUGGAUGGGGAUGGGGGAUGGGCGGAGGGAACGAUUUGGGGUUGGGGCUUGGGGGGUUAAAAUUUGAAUUCAGAUGUUCUUUUAUCACUACUUGGUGGGAGGAUCCGUGGUGAUGGUACGAUGGUGGAGUGGAGUGCAGUGGAGUGGUGUGGUUUUUUUCCAUUGUUUCCAUUGUUUGUAUUAUUUU